AUGGGCCCCUAUACCGCCUCCUCAUGCUGCUGCCAGGCCCCUAAUCUGCCAUGGGCCCCCGUACCGACUCCUCAUGCUGCUGCCAGGCCCGUAAUCUGUCAUGGGCCCCUGUACCGCCUCCUCAUGCUGCUGCCAGGUCCAGAGUGUGUCAUGGGUCCCUGUACGGCCUCCCAUUGCUGCUGUCUCCAUCGCCACACUCUGCCAUGUGCCACUUUCAGGUCUCCUCACACUGCUGGUGGUUUCCAUUUUUGUCAUAGGGUGCUGUAUGGCCUCCCAUUGCUGCUGCCUCCACCGCCACACUGUGGCUCCACACUCUGGUUUUGGCCCCGUGACUGCCCAAAUGAGUGAAGUGUGCGGUGAUUCUAAGAUCGACGGCACUCAUCUGCAUGUCAUACUGACUGACAGUAUUAUUUCUCUUCCCCACCAGACUCCAAGGGCAUUUAAAUUAAAGGUACAGUGUUCUGCACUAAUAUAA